AGAAAUUUUGCACAUGUAUGUAUGUUUUUGCACUAGUGCGGAUAUUUGCAAAUGAAAACGGGGCUUACCAUAUACAUUUGUAAUUUGCAGGAUGGGUUCUUUUAUCCAUCCAUCGUAUGAUCAAUUGCAUCGUGGACGGUUCAUGGCAGAUGAAGGAAGGGUUUUUGACCAGCUUCACCUGAGGUCCGGUUCGGUUCAUGACAAGAUGGAGUAUGACGAGCGAUACACGGAGUAUAUUCGGAAGAUGGGGCUUCUCCCUUUCAUCUCACUCGUGUCUCGUUCGAUGCGGAAGAUGAACCCGUGUGCGAUCACAUCACUCGUUGACCGAUGGCGCCCUGAGACACAUACUUUUCACUUCUAUGCUGGGGAGAUGACGGUCACUUUGCAGGAUGUUUCUCUGAUCACUGGACUUCCCAUCAAAGGAGAGCCUAUUUGUUUUAGCACAUAUUCUAACGGAUGGCGUGAGAUUAUGGUUGGACUCAUAGGGAGGGAGCCAGGGGUACAAGGGAAGUCCGCCGGUGCAAGUUAUCAUUGGAUUGCUGAACACUUUGGGUAAUGCCCGGCUGGUGCGGACGAUGAAACAAUGCAGCAGUAUACCAGGGCAUACUUGUGGUAUGUAGUCAGUCGGGCUCUUUUCUCUGACGGCACUGGUGUGAACGCUUCCUUUAUGUGGCUUAAGCUGUUUGCUGGGUGGGAGCAUGGACUCAGUUGGGGUAUGGCGGCGUUGGCUUAUUUGUAUUGUCAGCUGGACGAGGCGUGCCGUAGGGGUGCGAAUCCAAGAAACGUCGUAGAGUCAAAGGAAGGCAACAUCGGUGGUCCGAUGCUUCUAUUAUCGAUCUGGAGUUGGGAGCAUUUGCCAGUGGGGCGGCCGACACCAAAGGGUUACGACCCGUGGGAUGAUCAUGAUGACCAGGACCGUAUGCCUACAUGGGCGUAUAAGUGGGACAAGGUUGAAGGUUUUGUUGGCAAUUCAAAGACCAUGUAUUUGCACUACUGCAACGAGCUUGACAUCAUGACCCCGGAGCAGGUUACGCGGGAACCGUACGGAACGGAGGGCAAUAUUGGUAGGGGAGAUGGUUUUAUUACUUUCAGACUUAACCCAAAGUGUCUACAGGAGGUGCCGCAGCUGCAGAGGAGAAGGCGUUUAGUGAAGGGGAAGGAUGUUGCACCGGCUAAGAGGGGGAAAGGAAGGAAAUGAUGAAGGGGAAGGACUUGUAGUAUUUGUCCAAAACUUGAUGUCGUGAACUUAUGUUUGUCGAGGACUUGUAGUAUUUGUCCAAAAGUUGAUGUUGUGAACUUAUGGUUUGUCGAGGACUUGUAGUAUUUGUCCAAAACUUGAUG